AUGUCCACAUUCAACCCAUAUGCCGCCUCCAUUAGGCCACCAUUCGACAUUGAAGGUGCUCGUCCCAUGCCGUCAACACUGGCCAACCACAAUAACAACGCAAGCCAAAUGGAGAUGUAUCCCAGUCCUAUGAAUGUUUCUUCGCCUCCCCAAACAAAUUCCCACCGAGUCAGCAAAGCUAUGAAGGGCAAGCGAGUCCAUGUUUGCGAGCGCCCUGGAUGUUCGAAGGUUUUUACCAGAGCCGAACACCGCAGACGACAUGAGCUCAGCCACGAGCCUAAAAAGCAAUACCUUUGCACGUACGAAGGGUGCAAAAAGGCAUUCCAUCGCCCGGAUUACUUGACUCAGCAUUUGGGUCGGCAUGCGACUUCAGCACCAAAGGAAAACACAUCAUACACGCGAAGCGACACAUCACCUCGUCAGCCAAGCCUGCAACAACAGAUGCAAUCGCAACCAGCCAACUCACCUCCCGUUCCAUUUCAAGCCGAUAUCACCGACAAUUACUCUGGGGUAUGGGGAAGCAUGGAUUCCUCAAUGUCAUGCCCCCAAUAUUCCAGGGGCCAGAGCCAGUCUUCCGCAUCUGCUGAUGACUACCCAUCCCCGUAUUCCUACACAAACGAUAUGUGCAGCUCGCCCGUCGCGAGCGAAUCCUUUAGGGACGCUCAAUACCCCACUUCGGGCAUGCCGGUAGAGAUGGUGACUGCCAUCGAUCAAUAUCUCCGGAGCAUCCUGAAGCCUGAAGCCUUUUCGUCGCCCCACCAGCAGAUGAACCCCGCGAUUUGGAACUCGGACAUUGAAAUCGACCCUGCAUUGACAAAGAUUGAGAGCCCACAUCAGCUACCGCUGUAUUCAUGGCCUCCCACUCACCACUUGCAAUACGAGAAUCAUCCAGUACAGAUGAACCACCCGUCCAACAACCGCUGA